UCAGGCCAGGGCGGGGCGGGGGCCGUCCAGGCCGGACGAGAGGCAGGAGGACCGGACGGCGAGCCAGGCUGUCUGGGGCACCGCCGGAGACGCACCGCCGCCGCCGCCGCUCCUUGCGCUCCUGCCCGGACGGCGCCGCUGCCCCAGGCCCGACGGCAAGACGGUCCCGGUCGCCCGUUCCGUAGGCUCCGGGGCUAUGGAGCUCGCCCGACGGCUGCUCCUGCUGCUCCUGCUCCCCGCCUGCCUGGCCGCUCAAGCAGCCGACCCGGUGGUCGACGUCCUGAAGGCCAUGCAGCUGCAGACGGAGCCCGAGGGGGUCCGCCGGACGACGGGCUUCUGCCCCGGGAAGCGUGCAGCAACGGGGUCCGGCCCGGAGGCGGCCUUCCGGAUAUCCAGACGGGCCCAGAUCAGCGCCCCGACGCGGCAGCUCUUCCCAGGUGAGUUCCCCGAGGACUUCUCCCUGAUGGCGCUACUGAAGGCCGAGCCGGGCCACCCGGCCGUCCUGCUCUCCGUCUACGACCGGCACGGCGUGCAGCAGCUAGGCGUCGAGCUGGGCCGCUCCUUGCGCUUCCUCUACCGCGACCAGGGCGGCCGGCCGGACCCCGAGGAGCUGCCGGUCUUCCGAGGGGCCAACCUGACCGACGGCAGGUGGCAUCGGCUGGCCUUCAGCGUGAAGAAGCAGCAGGUGACCCUCUUCCUGGACUGCGAGAAGAGAGCCAGCCUGCCCCUCCCGCGGGGGAACCGCCCCGUGCUGGACACCAAGGGCAUCACCAUCUUCGGGGCCCGGAUCCUGGACGAGGGGGUCUUUGAGGGAGAGAUCCAACAGCUGCUGAUCAGCCCCAGCCCCCGGGAUGCCCAGGACUACUGCCAGCGCUACAGCCCGGACUGCGGGGGGCCCCCCCAGAAGCCACAAGCCCUGGAAGCUCGGCAGAGGCCCCCCAGGCCUGAGACGCCGGCCAAGACGAAGCCCCCCACCAGCACCAAGGCCAGACAGCCCCAGAAGCGGCAGCUGCCCAGCCUCCCGCCCGCCGCCCUCAAGACCGACGCACCGGAGAGGAAGGAACCCCAAGGAACCCGCAAGGGGCCCAGCGGCAACGGGAAGCCCUCGGCCGGCGGAAAGACCCCCAAGGCCAGCAGCCCCACCCCCAAGGCGACCACGGCCGGCAAGGCCUCUGCAGCGAAGAAGGCAGCCAGCCCGGGGGCCACGAGGGCCCAGGCAGCCCGGGGGCCACGAAGCAGCUACCAGCAGGACGCAGGGCCCCUUCCCACCCCGGGGGCUCCCCGGCACCCCAGCCACCCCCCGCCUCCUGAGGCUACUCCCCAGAAGAGGGUCCCCACCGGGGAGGCCUCGCCUCCCACCCCCUCGUCGCCAUGGGUGCAGGAGGACGUGGCCGAGGAGGUGCAGGGGGGGCUCCUGCCCGGCGUGGCCCUGGAUCACAGAGACGGCGAUCCGAACCCCAGCGACUUGGGCCCCCAGCGCUCAGCCCAGGUCCCCUAUGAUGCUGUCGCAAUGCUCGGAGCCCGAGGACUGAAGGGGGACAAAGGCGAACCGGCUGUCUUCGAAUCUGGGAUGAUUGUGGCGGGACGUCCCGGCCCCGAAGGACCCCAGGGCAUGAGUGGACCCCCUGGUGUCCCGGGGACUCCCGGACCCCCUGGUGACCCCGGAGAGCGGGGUCCCCCCGGACGGCCCGGAUUCGCGGGCUCAGAUGGACGCCCGGGUCCCCCAGGCACCUCCAUGAUGCUUCCGUUCCGUUUCGGGGUUCCUGGGGGCCAGAAGGGGCCCGUCGCCAUGGCUCAGGAGGCCCAGGCCCAGGCCUACCUCCAGCAGGCCCGCCUGGCCUUGCGUGGCCCUCCGGGACCGAUGGGGUACACCGGCCGGCCUGGGCCCAUGGGUCAAGCUGGAAGUCCCGGUGUGAAGGGCGAGCCCGGAGAUUUUGGCCUCCAGGGGCCCCGGGGCCAACAGGGACUGACCGGCGCCCCAGGGAAGCCCGGCCGCCGAGGCAGGGCUGGCGCUGACGGCGCACGGGGGAUGCCUGGCGUGCCCGGCCUCAAGGGGGACCGGGGUUUUGACGGGUUGCCCGGCCUUCCGGGAGACAAAGGAUACCGGGGGGACCCCGGUGCGCAGGGCGUGGCUGGACCCCCGGGCGAAGACGGCGAGAGGGGAGACGAUGGUGAGAUCGGGCCUCGGGGCCUCCCCGGAGACUCGGGACCAAGAGGCUUGCUUGGCCCCAAAGGGCCCCCAGGCAUCCCGGGGCCACAGGGCGCGCGUGGCGUGGACGGCCCCCACGGACCGAAGGGGAGUCUGGGUCCGCAAGGGGAGCCGGGCCCCCCCGGCCUGCAGGGGAUCCCAGGCACUCAGGGCUUGCCGGGACCGCAAGGCGCCAUGGGGCCCUCUGGAGAAAAGGGACCCCAAGGAAAACCCGGCCUUCCUGGGAUGCCCGGCUCGGAUGGACCCCCGGGCCACCCGGGCAAAGAGGGACUUCCGGGCACCAAAGGGCAGCCGGGCCCGUCUGGCCCCCAAGGACCGGUGGGCUACCCGGGUCCCCGCGGAGGAAAGGGUACUGACGGCGUCCGUGGCUUGAAAGGGCAAAAGGGCGAAAAGGGUGAAGAAGGGUCCCUGGGCAUCAAGGGUGACGUGGGCCCAAAAGGCGACAGGGGCGAGAUGGGGGUCCCGGGGUCCCGUGGGGAAGACGGGCCCGAAGGCAUCAAGGGGCGGAUGGGCCCCCCUGGCGAUCUGGGUCCUUCCGGAUUGGUGGGAGAGAAGGGCAAACUGGGGGUGCCGGGUCUCCCCGGAUAUCCCGGCCGACAAGGCCUCAAGGGUUCGCAAGGGUUCCCCGGAUUUCCCGGAUCGAAUGGCGAAAAGGGGGUUCGGGGCCUGUCUGGGAAAAUGGGACCACGAGGCGAACGAGGACCCUCCGGCCCCAGAGGACAGCGGGGGCCACGAGGAGCCACGGGGAAGAUGGGAGCCAAGGGCACCUCUGCUGGGGAAGGGCCCCCCGGGCCCCCCGGAGAACGGGGUCAACCAGGACCGCAAGGCCCGAACGGAUUCCCCGGACCGAAGGGCCCCCCGGGCCCCCCUGGGAAGGAUGGGAUGCCCGGCCACCCGGGGCAGCGUGGAGAAGUGGGGCUGCAAGGCAAGGCGGGCUCCCCAGGCGGGCCGGGCAUCGUGGGGCCACAGGGCCCCGCAGGGGAGACUGGCCAGAUGGGGGAGAGGGGCCAUUCCGGCCCCCCCGGACCACCAGGAGAACAAGGGCUGCCGGGGCCCUCCGGGAAAGAAGGGACCAAGGGCGACCCAGGAACCGUCGGAGGACCCGGGAAGGAGGGCCCCCCAGGGCUGCGGGGCUUCCCCGGAGAACGCGGCCUUCCCGGCACGGCUGGUAGUGGUGGACUGAAAGGCAAUGAGGGACCUGCCGGCCCCCCAGGACCAGCGGGAUCUCCCGGAGAGAAGGGGCCCUCGGGACCGGGAGGCCCCAGUGGGCCCCCUGGCAGACCCGGCCCCCAGGGACCACACGGACCAGCUGGAGAGAAGGGCGUGCCUGGUGAAAAAGGGCCUCUUGGCCCUGCUGGUCGUGACGGCGCCCAGGGCCCCAUUGGGCUACCUGGUCCUGCAGGACCCCCUGGGGGCCCCGGUGAGGAUGGCGACAAGGGAGAGUUGGGGGACCCGGGUCGCAAAGGGCCCAAGGGGGGCAAAGGCGAGCAGGGUCCCCCCGGCCCCUCAGGCCCGCUCGGUCCUGUCGGGCAGCCGGGCGCUGCGGGUGCGGAUGGUGAGCCAGGAGCGAGGGGCUCGCAGGGCCAUUUUGGAACAAAGGGAGAUGACGGCAUCCGAGGAUUCAACGGGGCACCAGGACCAAUCGGCUUGCAGGGGCUGCCCGGACCAGCUGGGGAGAAAGGGGAGACCGGCGACGGGGGACCCCUGGGACCCCCGGGACCGCCAGGACCACGAGGACCAGCUGGAGCCUCCGGAGCUAGCGGUCCACAAGGUCCCACAGGAGAGAUCGGAAAUGAGGGCCCACCGGGACAAAAGGGCGAAUCAGGAGAGCAAGGCGGACCCGGAGUCCACGGAGAGCCUGGGCCGAAGGGCCCGCGGGGUGAACAAGGAGAGAAAGGGGAAGCCGGAAGCGCCGGUGUGCCUGGACCCCCUGGAGGAAGAGGGCCCGUUGGGGACGAUGGGCCCAAGGGGAACCCGGGCCCGGUCGGCUUCCCUGGAGACCCCGGACCUCCUGGAGGAAUCGGGCCCCGAGGCCAAGAUGGAGCUAAAGGCGAGCAAGGAGAAAACGGCGAACCCGGAGAGGCGGGGUCUCCGGGACCAUCCGGUGAGGCUGGUCCCCCUGGGCCACUUGGAAAGAGGGGCCCCGCUGGAGCCCCCGGCCCCGAGGGACGGGAGGGAGUAAAGGGCAAGAAGGGAGAAUCGGGGGCCCUGGGCCCCCCUGGAAAAACCGGGGCUGUGGGACCCCAGGGAACUCCCGGGAAACCCGGCACGGAGGGCUUAAGAGGUGUCCCCGGAUCUGUGGGGGCCCAAGGAAAAACGGGGGCCACGGGCCAGGCUGGGCCACCAGGACCUGCGGGCCCCCCCGGAUUGCCCGGCCUGAAGGGCGAGACGGGCCCCAAAGGAGAGAAGGGUCACCUGGGACUCAUUGGCUUGAUUGGACCAGCCGGAGAGCAAGGAGACAAAGGGGACCCGGGCCCCCCGGGCCCCUCAGGCAGUGGGGGUCUUAAGGGAGAGACUGGCUUCCCUGGACCGACCGGCCCUCUUGGCCCCGCGGGACCCCCGGGACUUCCCGGUCCUCCCGGUGUGCAGGGCGCCAAAGGAGCCUCGGGUGAAGCCGGACCCAAAGGACAGCGAGGCGUCCCCGGCCCGCCUGGGAAUCCGGGUCCGCCGGGUGAGGCCAUCCAGCCGCUGCCCAUCCAGCGUGCCAAGAAGAGCCGGCGCUCGGUGGACGGCAGCCAGCUGGUGCCCGAGGAGGAGAUGGAGGCGGCCGACGGGCCAGCGGGUCAGCUGGCCUCCGGGCUGGUGGAGGGGAUCUACGGCACCCUGGAGACCCUCCGGCAGGAAAUCGAGGGGAUGCGGAAGCCGCUGGGCACCCGGGACAGCCCUGCCCGCACCUGCCAGGACCUACGGCUGGGCCAGCCAGAACUGCCCGACGGCGAAUAUUGGAUCGACCCCAACCAGGGCUGUUCCAGGGAUUCCUUCCGGGUCUACUGCAACUUCACGGCGGGAGGGGAGACCUGCGUCUUCCCUAGCUGGGAGACCCGAGAGGUGCCCCUGGCAGCAUGGGAGGAGGAGAAGGAGACCCCCCUGAGGUGGUUCAGCCAGUUCCAGAAGGGCCAUCGGUUCUCCUACGUAGACGCAGCUGGCCAGCCGCUGGGCGUGGUGCAGCUCUCCUUCCUCCGUUUGCUGAGCAUCUCCGCCCGCCAGAACUUCACGUACCACUGCCGGCACUCGGCUGCCUGGCACAGCCCGGGGUCCCCCGCCUUGGGGGGCUACCAGCGGGCGCUGCGCUUCCGGGGGGCCAACGAGGACGAGUUGAGCUACGACAACAGCCCCUACGUCAAGGCGGUGGUGGACGGCUGUGCGGCACGGAAAGCAUCCGGCAAGACGGUCCUGGAGGUCAACACUCCCCAGGUGGAGCACCUGCCCUUGCUGGACGUGCACCUGACGGACUUUGGGGAGCCUGGGCAGGGCUUCGGCUUUGAGGUGGGGGCUGCCUGCUUUCUGGGCUAGAGCAGAGCCCCCCAGCGCAGCUGGCCGGCCUCGUCCGAGAAGUGGGGGGGGGAACCAGCUUCCCAGUGCCCAGCAAACAGUUGAGACCAUGGUGGGGUGUGUGUGUGAGGGGGGUCCAGCAACUGGAAGAAGACCCCUCUGUUGAAGGGGUGCAGAAACCCACCCCCCCAUGGAAGCUUUCUCCCUCCCAAAUUCUCUCUGUGCCCCCUCCCCCUGCUGAACCCCCCUCGGGGCUCUGACCCCCCCUUCCUCAGAUGGACCCCCUUCCUGGUUCAUUGCGUCCUGAUAGAGACCCCUCCCUGCAAACAGCAGAGACCCCGGCCAUUGUUGAAUGCCCCCUCCCAGUAAACCCCUGCUUAGCCCCGCCCACUUCAGCCCUAUUGAUGGCAACUCCUUGCAGUCGGUGGCAGGCUUGGAAAAAUGGGGUCCGUGGUCGCCCCCUCCCAUUUUUAUCUUCUUCCUCUCACUCCCCACCCAGCCUCCCCUUCCUUUAUCCCGCACAAAAGCCCUGGGUACGAAAGAAAAGUUAAAAAAAAAAAAAGUCCAAAGAAGAAAGAGGAAACCGUAUAUAUUUUAUUGUUUUUUUAUAAAAAAAGAGAAAAGAAAUAAAUUAAUUAUAUUAUUUAAUGGAAU